AUGUGCCCCACCAUUCACUUCCCCUCUGCACCUUUCUUACUCCCCCCCCCGAUCCCCUUUGCUUUCUUCCUGAUCAUUUCUCUUAUUCCUCCUUUCACAUCCACAGAGGAAAUAAAACACACAAUAUCUAUCUAUCUAUCUAUCUAUCUAUCUAUCUAUCUAUCUAUCUAUCCCAAGUGCUUUUGUGGUCAUCAUUACUGCCUUCGACAUCAACAGCAUUACACAUUUUAUAUCACGACGACGAUGGACACGGUGCUGAUAAAUACUACUAGCGAUGAUCUGAAGAAAUCGGAGUCGGGCUCCCAGGUAGUUGUUGUUGAUACUGAUGAUAUAGAACCACAUCUCUCUUCCUCCAAAAAACCGGACCUGCACGAACAACAGAGAAACGGGGAUAGCUACAAAUCCACGAAUGACCCACGGGUUGUUGUUGAGAAGAUGAAUAAUAAUAAAAUUGCCAAAUUUAAAAAAUCUGCCGGGGUAUCAAUUAAAUUCACAUUUUUUUCUCUCUUUUUUCCUUUACUUUUUUUUUUUUCUACUUUUCUUCUUUUUUUUUUUCUACUUUUCUUCUUUUUUUUUCUACUUUUCUUCUUUUUUUUCUACUUUUCUUCUUUUUUUUCUACUUUUCUUCUUUUUUUUAUAUUUUCCCACUUUUCUUCUUUUUUUCCUUUUACCUUCUUAUUCUUUUUCAUUGACUUUUUAAUUUUUUAUUUCCUUUACUAUUUUAUUUUCUUCCUUUUUUCUUUUCUUUCUUUUCCUUUUUCUUCAUCCCAUUCUUCCCUUUUUCUAUUGUAUUUCUUUCCCUUUCUUUUUUUUACACUUUCCUUUUCUUUUUUGUUUACUAUUUUAUCUUUACUUUCCGCUUUUCUCUUUCACUUUUUCUUUCAUUGUUAUUUCUUUUCCUUUUUUUUUUUUACCUGUUCCCCUUUCUGUUUUAGUUUAGUUCAUUUAUUUAUUUUGCUAACCUCCAAGAAGCUGAUGUAUUUUGAGAAAUUGAUUAACAAAGAGUUGAAUUUCUUUUCAUCUGUUCUCUCUUUUCAUCUGUUCUCUCUUUUCAUCUGUUCUCUCUUUUCAUCUGUUCUCUCUUUUCAUCUGUUCUCUCUUUUCUUUUUUAUGCAUGGGAAGGAUAUGACUCUAAGCUGUUUUAUUAACCUUUUCUUUAUUUUAAUUUGA